UAAACAAGGGGAUAGGGAGAGGAGAGAGGGAGUGUGAAUCGAUUGCAACUUCUUCAAAGUCUCGUACAAUCCAAAGCACACACGGCAAAACCAGAAAAGAAUCUGAGAACCAGCCAGCCGGGGUUGGACUGCUUUCAAAAGAGGAGAGAGAGACAGUGAGAGGCAGAGAGCGCGCAUUGCAAUUGCAAAAGCCUUCUGAUUUGGAGUAAAAAAAAAUUCUCUAAGAAGCCUGCAAUUGGCCAACAGCUUUAAAAAAAAAUCUCUUCCGGGUUUUCAACGGUUCCAAGUUUAUUUAGAUUUUUUUUAAUGCCAAAAAAAGGGGACAACAAAUGAAGCAAUUCGUCUGAACAUUUUAAAGUUUCUCACGUACUCUUUUUACGUUGCAAUGGAUGAAUUUCAUCCUUUCAUCGAAGCACUUCUGCCCCACGUCCGAGCCUUCGCUUACACAUGGUUCAACCUGCAGGCCCGAAAACGAAAAUACUUCAAAAAACAUGAAAAACGUAUGUCAAAGGAAGAAGAGAGAGCCGUGAAGGAUGAGUUACUAAGUGAAAAACCAGAGGUCAAGCAGAAGUGGGCAUCUCGACUUCUGGCCAAGUUACGGAAAGAUAUCCGACCCGAGUACCGAGAGGAUUUUGUGCUUACAGUUACAGGGAAAAAGCCUCCAUGUUGUGUCCUUUCCAACCCAGACCAGAAAGGCAAGAUGCGAAGAAUUGACUGCCUCCGCCAGGCAGAUAAAGUCUGGAGGUUGGACCUGGUUAUGGUGAUUUUAUUUAAAGGUAUUCCGCUCGAAAGUACUGAUGGUGAGCGCCUUGUAAAGUCCCCACAGUGCUCUAAUCCAGGCCUCUGUGUCCAGCCCCAUCACAUAGGGGUUUCUGUUAAGGAACUCGAUUUAUAUUUGGCAUACUUUGUGCAUGCAGCAGAUUCAAGUCAAUCUGAAAGUCCCAGCCAGCCAAGUGACGCUGACAUUAAGGACCAGCCAGAAAAUGGACAUUUGGGCUUCCAGGACAGUUUUGUCACAUCAGGUGUUUUUAGUGUGACUGAACUAGUAAGAGUGUCACAGACACCAAUAGCUGCAGGAACUGGCCCAAAUUUUUCUCUCUCAGACUUGGAAAGUUCUUCAUACUACAGCAUGAGUCCGGGGGCAAUGAGGAGGUCUUUACCCAGCACAUCCUCUACCAGCUCCACAAAGCGCCUCAAGUCUGUGGAGGAUGAAAUGGACAGUCCUGGUGAAGAGCCAUUUUACACAGGCCAAGGGCGCUCCCCAGGAAGCGGCAGUCAGUCCAGCGGAUGGCAUGAAGUGGAGCCAGGAAUGCCAUCUCCCACCACACUGAAGAAGUCGGACAAGUCUGGUUUCAGCAGCCCCUCCCCUUCGCAGACCUCCUCCCUGGGAACAGCAUUCACACAGCACCACCGGCCUGUCAUUACGGGACCCAGAGAAUUCAAGAUGAUUCCCAGCAUCCUCGGUUCUCCUUUCUGGAAAGUCUGCUCAGCAAGUCCACACGCAACCCCAUCGACUCUUCAUUUUCCGACAUCACCCAUUAUCCAGCAGCCUGGGCCUUACUUCUCACACCCAGCCAUCCGCUAUCACCCUCAGGAGACGCUGAAAGAGUUUGUCCAACUUGUCUGCCCUGAUGCUGGUCAGCAGGCUGGACAGGUGGGGUUCCUCAAUCCCAAUGGUAGUAGCCAAGGCAAAGUGCACAACCCAUUCCUUCCCACCCCCAUGUUGCCACCGCCGCCACCACCACCGAUGGCCAGGCCUGUGCCUCUGCCGGUGCCAGACACAAAGCCUCCGACCACUUCAACAGAAGGAGGUGCAGCCUCCCCCACCUCACCAACCUACUCGACACCCAGCACCUCCCCCGCAAACCGAUUCGUCAGUGUUGGACCACGGGAUCCAAGCUUUGUAAAUAUCCCUCAACAGACACAGUCCUGGUACCUGGGAUAAAAGUUGCAGCGUCCCACCAUCCACCAGACAGACCACCUGACCCCUUCUCAACUCUGUAACAUGGACGCAUCCUCCACCCAGCGCGGUUACAACUUCACUGUCAGUGGAAGGGGAGAAUCAAAUCAACUUGUACAUGGAACAGCAAGCAUUAUGGUCAAACAGCAAAGGCCAUAACCUUUUGGGAUUUUUUUUUUUAACUACUUUAGGGACUGUUGGAAUUUUCUCAUAUGGUGCUGGAAAUGGUUAGGCUUUGUAACCUUUGAAGUGUUUUCGUGGUAGCGUGAGCAUUUGGUGGUGUGGCUAGAGGAGGUCUACCCUGGCUCACUGACUUCCGUCGUAACACACUUUCCUUACAGAGCCUGGCUGUUUCACAGUAUUUCAUGAGUUUACCCAUACAGGUGUGAGCCUCCCUGAGCAACCAGGAGGCACAUGGAGAACUAAAUCUUUUGUAGUAGCUGAGAUCUGCAAUAUAGAACUUACGGGACAGUCAAAGGGCAAUGUUUUUCUGUAACAUAUUGGAAAAAGAAAAUGCAGUUAUGUUCCUUUUUUAUUUUUUCUUUUAGUUCGGUUUGGUUCAGCAGUCAGCAGUUAAAUGUAUAACAUGGCCCGCAAGGACAGUGAAUCCACUCACAUUGCAGAACACUUCCGAAAAUGGCAAACUACUACUACUACUAUUCAGUUUUUUAAAAGUUUUGAAAUGCUGCACUUACAUUUAAAAAAAAAAAACAAAAAAAAAACAUUUUUUUUCAACAAUUUCAAUAAUGACACACAAAUUCACAUGGAAAUGGGGAAGAUGGUCUGUUUUGACAGAAACUGACAGGAAUCAAUCAAAACAAUCGAAUUUUGAAUUGAGUAAAGUGCAAUUUCAUUGGAUAGCUAAAUAUCUUUGUAAGAUAGAGAUUGUUGAAAAUUCUAUUUUUGUUUUUCAAGUCCUUCCACCCCAGGACUCUAAAUUAUUGGGGUAAAAAAUAGCCUUGCAAGAAAAAGGGGAGCUAUUUUUGCUUUUUAUGUUUUUUAUUGUUAAACUUGUAUCCCUUUAAAACUGAAGGAAAAUUUAAAAAAAAAAACAAAAAACAAAUCUAAUGGUGCUUUUACCACAAUACGUUAACUACAUUAAAUGCUAAUUAAUUAUUUUCUGUUAUCAAAGCACAUAACUAAAAUGAAGUCAUGGUAUCUGUUAAUUUUAUAAGCUAGAAGUCACUAUAAUGGAUUAUGCCAAUUCUGAAAAUUUUUACAUGUAUCCGGCAACAUAGGAUUUAUCAGUUAUCAGAUGCUUCAUUGUACCAGAGAUUGUCCAGAAAUUUUAAAGACCUUUGCGCCCCUGAACUGGGCUAUGGGAAAAAAAAAUAAUAAUAAUAAUAAUAAUGAAACCAAUACUGACACAAAUGCUGGUGCCCAUUCAGAUCAAGGGUACUUGUUAGGGAAAACAAAGUUUGCACCCCCAAAUGUCCUGUAUCUUAUGUAAAAAAAAAAACCACAAAAUACCACAAAAAAAUAACAAAAAAAAAAAGUGCAAGUGAUUUUUCUACCAGACAGCGAAGCACCCCUUUGCUUCCCAUGCAACUUCAAGAAGGUUUCCUAUACUAUACAUAUAUAUACGUUCUGGUUGGCAAACACUGCUGAUCAGAGAAAGUCUCUGCAUGUUCUAGUGUUAGUAACUAAUUUUUAUAUAGUUAAUGUAGGAUAAAGUAGAGUGCAUUAAGACACAAUAUUGUAAUCCCUACUCUAGGCACUUGCCUUUAAACUAUGUUUUCAGCCCUUCAGAAGGGUUCUACUACUGUCCUAUACAAUCAAGUAACUGAGAUUCUUGGGAAGACACUUUGCUCCUCAUCUUUCCCCCCGAAACAAUGUUGUUUUGUUUUGUUUUUUUUCCUUAAUUUGCACGAAGACAAAAAUUCCAUAUCAAUGUGCCUUGCCCUGGAUAGCGAUUAUUUGUGGAAUUGUUGCACACGCUCCUCUAUUGAAAGGGGUUUUUCCCUAGUCAAGCAUUUGGAGACACUUUUUGUAAAUGUGACUUUUAUGUCAGCCAUCGUCAGUUUCAACAUCUAGAACUAAAUAGAAAGUUAGUUGUUCCGCAGAUAGGAGUAGUCUUUAUUGUCCUCUGUGGUCAGUGGCAGUGCUAUUCUGAGAUCUGUAGAUGCUUAGAAUAUCAGUAUUUUGGAUGUUGCUGCAUUUUACAAUUUAUUUGGAGUCUUCCUUUAUUCCCUCCCCCAGAUAUAUGAAAAUAUGCAAUACCUGCUUAUAUCGUGUAGAAAAGCUUAGCGAUUAUUAAUUUUUUCUUUUAUUUUUUUUAUUUGACCAAAGUCGGUGCUGCACUUGACGCAGUGUGUUUUAGGUGUUUGUCUUUGUACUUUUUUUGUGAUUUUUUUGAAUGCACGUGCGCAGGAAGGGCUCCUCUUAGAGAAGCAGUCAAACUGUGAAGCACUAAGCUGACCCUGCUUCAAGCAAUUUUGUUUUUACAACUGUUCCUUUCACAAGCAAGCCUUAAAAAAAAAAAAAAGACAACUUCCUUUUUCUUCAGCUCCCACACCCAUUUUUCUUAGCAGACUGCAGUCAAUCCACGUUCAAUAAAAAGUAUAUAAUGCCCAUUUUUAUAUGCACGUUUUUAAACUUCCAAGUUCUGAAAAUUGUUUACUGGUUAUCUCUAUUUAAGGAAAAAAAAAUAAAAUAAAACAUUUUGGAUUUUCA